AUUUACAGGUGUAUGCCAUUUAGUCGUAGCCACCGAGCCAACUAUAACUUGUCAGUAAAAGUUGUGAAAAUCUCAAAAUACUUACCCGGGAGUCCCACUGAGGUGCUGAUGUUCCUCCAGGCGUUCGUUCGACUUUCCGUGUGGCGGUAGUUGUUUAAAGUGACGUUGUACAGCUCCGGCGGCAGACUUCUCCCGCCUUUUCCGCCCGCACGUCACUGCUGCCGCCUGUGCGCGAUGUCGCGUUCCUGAUAUUUGCAAUGACCGACUACAGCCACCAGAGGACGCAGGGCACUGCUCGCCACGGUUCUCUAUGAGGAGGAGACACGGUGAUGAGAUAGGCUGAGGACAUGGACGCUCUGAUGAGGCUGGAGAGACAAAGGUUUCCUUUCAGCAUUGAAGACAUCCUGAGAAAAUAUCCUGACACUUACGAAGACUUUGGAGGUGCUGGACUCAAAGAUGAGACAAGGGGCUCUUCGUGUGUCCACCAGACGUGUUUGUGUUGUUGCUGCUGCUGCUGCUGCUCACACUGUGGAGACGUAGUGCACCAUGAAGCAGCAUCUUGUCGCUAUGAAUGGACCGGCGCAGCAGCUCCCUCUGACCCAAGCAAGCUCGGAGAGGCGCACGUAGAAGACACAUCGUCCAAUCAGGCCCAGAGAAGAACCAGGCGACACCGCACCAUCUUCACAGAGGAGCAGUUGGACGCGCUGGAGGACCUCUUUCUGCAGAAUCAGUACCCUGAUGUCAACACGCGGGAGAAACUAGCACAGCGCACUCACUUGAGAGAGGAAAGGGUCGAGGUUUGGUUUAAAAACCGAAGAGCCAAGUGGAGGCGCCAGAGAAGACUCUCAUUUAACGUGGGAAACAUAGAAAAUUAAAUUUGUCUGCAUCCUGUGUCGUGAAAUCAUUUAAAAUGUUUUGUGCCAUUCAAACUGUUUGGGUGAGUUUGAUUGUUACAUGUCAAAUCAUAAAAUGUUUUGUACUACCUGUAAGGAAAAUGUGUUCUUGUGUGAACUACUAAGAAGAUGUCAUGUUUUCAGUCAUGCUUAUUGUAAAAUCGUUAGCGUUAGUGUGUAAAAGCCCUGUGCUGUUAAAGCAUGCAAAAGCAUCAAUGCCGUAAUACCAAUAUUUCACUACUGUGACUAAACCCAAACCCUGCAUUAA